UCCAUAUUUAUUAUUAUUUUUUAAAAAAUUCUUUUAAUUUUACCUAUCAAUGAACAAAAAGAAACCUAAAGAUGUGGACAUUUUUCAACGUACACUAUGCUGUAAUCCAAUACGUGAGAAAGAGGAAGAAGUUGAAAUAUUUGAAUCCGAAUUGACAGAGUUGGAAGUUGAGGAGGAAGUACUCAUGUCAGAAGAGGAAAAACUGGAUAUAAAACUACUUAUGAGGGAGAUGGACUGUAUGAAACGACGAAUACAAAUAAUGCAACUGCGCCUGAAACAUCUAACUGACGAAUGUCCCGCAGAAGAAUGCCUUGAUUACGAAGUGUUACUAAAUUGCUCUCAAAAUAAGGAAAUCUGUGCAUUACAAAAGAAUCAGCACAUGUUGCAGUGUCAAAUCAAAGAUUUGAUCAAAUGCUGCAAAGUCGCCAAGGAACAAAUACAAGACUUAACGCUGCGUAUGUGCGAGAAAACCAAGGAAAUAUUACAAAUGGGAGAGCUGGUGAAAACUCUGAUGGCGUGGAAAAAUACAUUGGAUCACGAAUUUGGUAAAUGCGUUGAACGUUUCGAAUAUUUAAAACACGUCAAAGCAGAAUGGCUGGAUGUUAAUGAGAAAAUGGAGAAACAGAAAACACUUUAUGGCACUUUGAAGGAGUCUUUUGUUGCCAAAGUGUGUUUCCUGCAAGAAAAGGAAUCGUUCAUUAGUGCCAUUACUGAAAUCAAAGAAACGAUAAAAGAACUUUUUCAAUAUCAGUUUGAACGCUUUGCUAGUCUAGAGAAACGUUUACAAAAUAGAGAUUAAAAUUCUCAAGAGGCCAGUGAUUUAUGAAAAGAAAUUCAACUGAAACUUUUAAUUUUAAAAUUCAUUCAUUGAAUUACAUAUAUUUUUUCUGCAUUUUAUUUUUGUUCUAAUUAACUUUUGAAUUAAAUUUGUUAAGUUUUUUUUUGUAGUA